GCCGCACCUGGAGGCAGCGCGCCCGUCGAAGAGGCAGCGGCUGGGGAGCGCGGCGGGGCGGCUCCGCCCAGGGCAGCCCGGGCUGAGCGCACCUGCGCCGGGCUCAGCUGGGAAGGCGUGCUGGACGUUCUCAAUGAGCUCCGAGACCUACAGAAGAAACAGCUGCAAGGAUCCGAUCUGCUAGCUGUGAAAAAAGCCUCCGAUACGCUGUAGGGCCAAGGAGCGAGCUCUACCUUCUCUAGCUCUCAGCCCCAGUAAUCAAGGUUUCAGUGAACUUCACUGGAGCUCCCAGUGGGGGAUCUUGUCCCCUGUCCUGACUUUUGUGCUGCACAUUGGAUCUGGGUCUACCGGUUCCUUUUCUCUUCGAGUGGCCACAUGAAGGAAGAAAUUACCUUUCUGAACUAAGACAAAAGAAGACUAAGAAGAUGAUGCCUACAAAGAAUAAUAAUAAAAGUUUAAAGCAGAUGUAAUCUAUAAGAUGAAAGAUUAGACAGGAAUCAUGGCAUGCAUUAUCAAUAAUCAUAACAUACCCAUUCAAAGAUUUCAUUCACCCCCCAGUUACUCAGCACCUGCUAGGAUACAAGUGCUGAGAUAGGUCCUGGGAAUUCAGAGUAUGAUAUUGUCUCAAGGAAUUUACAGUCUAGAAGAGUAGAUUAAUGAUUCUAUUAGAAUAGAAGAAUGGAAGAGUAUACAAAGUAACAUGCAUAGGCCCAUUUCAUAAAGGAUUGUAAGUGAGGGGAGACUUCACAGAGAAGCGGAAGACAGAACAAGGGUUUGGAAGAUAGAAUGAUUAGGCUGUGGGGAAAAUGGAAGGAGUGAAGGGAAAGAAACAACAUCUCUUAUUAGAAUGAAUUGAAACUCUAGAUGGGCACAGAGGCGUAAAGCAGCAUGGUAUGUUGUCUGGAUGACAAAUGGUUUUAUAAUGAUGUCAUGUAAUGAUCUGGAGGAGUUAGGGCAGGUGGAAGCCAGUGGUAAGGUUUUGAUGUGUCGAACUCCACUCACACAUCAUCCCAGUCAUUCUUGUAUUUUGAUGAGUUCCUAGAGUGGCCCUAAAGAGCUGGAUGAGAGGUGGCCAACCCACCUUGCUAGUCUGAAACAAAAAACGUAUAAUCUUUAUUUCUCGGGUUCUGCAAUAUUCUCUUUCUCCAGAUUUACCAUUUCUUAGUUCAUAUGAGCUGCUAUAACAAAAUGCUACAGACAGAAAUUUCGAAACAAUAGAAAUUUAUUUCUCACAGUUCUGGAGUCUGGGAAGUCCAGGAACAAGGCACCAGCUGUAACACUCAGGAAAUGCUUGUCUCCUGCUAUUAAUGAAUGAUUUCAGAGUACUAUGGAUCAUGCUGAAGAAAAUGAAAUCCUUGCAGCAACCCAGAGGUACUAUGUGGAAAGGCCUAUCUUUAGUCAUCCGGUCCUCCAGGAAAGACUACACACUAAGGACAAGGUUCCAGAUUCCAUUGCGGAUAAGCUGAAACAGGCAUUCACAUGUACUCCUAAAAAAAUAAGAAAUAUCAUUUAUAUGUUCCUACCCAUAACUAAAUGGCUGCCAGCAUACAAAUUCAAGGAAUAUGUGUUGGGUGACUUGGUCUCAGGCAUAAGCACAGGGGUGCUUCAGCUUCCUCAAGGCUUAGCCUUUGCAAUGCUGGCAGCUGUGCCUCCGAUAUUCGGCCUGUACUCUUCAUUUUAUCCUGUUAUCAUGUAUUGUUUUUUUGGAACCUCCAGACACAUAUCAAUAGGUCCUUUUGCUGUUAUUAGCCUGAUGAUUGGUGGUGUGGCUGUUCGAUUAGUACCAGAUGAUAUAGUCAUUCCAGGAGGAGUAAAUGCAACCAAUGGCACAGAGGCCAGAGAUGCCUUGAGAGUGAAAGUCGCCAUGUCUGUGACCUUACUUUCAGGAAUCAUUCAGUUUUGCCUAGGUGUCUGUAGGUUUGGAUUUGUGGCCAUAUAUCUCACAGAGCCUCUGGUCCGUGGGUUUACCACUGCAGCAGCUGUGCAUGUCUUCACCUCCAUGUUAAAAUAUCUGUUUGGAGUUAAAACAAAGCGGUACAGUGGAAUCUUUUCAGUCGUGUAUAGUACAGUUGCUGUGUUGCAGAAUGUUAAAAACCUCAACGUGUGUUCCCUAGGCGUCGGGCUGAUGGUUUUUGGUUUGCUGUUGGGUGGCAAGGAGUUUAAUGAGAGAUUUAAAGAGAAAUUGCCGGCGCCUAUUCCUUUAGAGUUCUUUGCGGUGGUAAUGGGAACUGGCAUUUCAGCUGGGUUUAACUUGAAAGAAUCAUACAAUGUGGAUGUCGUUGGAACACUUCCUCUAGGGCUGCUACCUCCAGCCAAUCCGGACACCAGCCUCUUCCACCUUGUGUACGUAGAUGCCAUUGCCAUAGCCAUCGUUGGAUUUUCAGUGACCAUCUCCAUGGCCAAGACCUUAGCAAAUAAACAUGGCUACCAGGUUGACGGCAAUCAGGAGCUCAUUGCCCUGGGACUGUGCAAUUCCAUUGGCUCACUCUUCCAGACCUUUUCAAUUUCAUGCUCCUUGUCUCGAAGCCUUGUUCAGGAGGGAACUGGUGGGAAGACACAGCUUGCAGGUUGUUUGGCCUCAUUAAUGAUUCUGCUGGUCAUAUUAGCAACUGGAUUCCUCUUUGAAUCAUUGCCCCAGGCUGUGCUGUCCGCCAUUGUGAUUGUCAACCUGAAGGGAAUGUUUAUGCAGUUCUCAGAUCUCCCCUUUUUCUGGAGAACCAGCAAAAUAGAGCUGACCAUCUGGCUUACCACUUUUGUGUCCUCCUUGUUCCUGGGAUUGGACUAUGGUUUGAUCACCGCUGUGAUCAUUGCUCUGCUGACUGUGAUUUACAGAACACAGAGUCCGAGCUACAAAGUCCUUGGACAGCUUCCUGAAACUGAUGUGUAUAUUGAUAUAGACGCAUAUGAGGAGGUGAAAGAAAUUCCUGGAAUAAAAAUAUUUCAAAUAAAUGCACCAAUUUACUAUGCAAAUAGUGACUUGUAUAGCAAUGCAUUAAAACGAAAGACUGGAGUGAACCCAGCAGUCAUCAUGGGAGCAAGGAGAAAGGCCAUGCGGAAGUAUGCUAAGGAAGUCGGAAAUGCAAAUAUGGCCAACGCGACUGUUGUCAAAGCGGAUGCACAAGUAGAUGGAGAAGAUGCUACCAAGCCGGAAGAAGAGGAUGGUGAAGUAAAAUAUCCCCCAAUAGUGAUCAAAAGCACAUUUCCUGAGGAAAUGCAAAGAUUUAUGCCCCCAGGGGAUAACAUCCACACUGUCAUUUUGGAUUUCACUCAAGUCAAUUUUAUUGAUUCUGUUGGAGUGAAAACUCUGGCAGGGAUUGUAAAAGAAUAUGGAGACGUUGGUAUAUAUGUAUACUUAGCAGGAUGCAGUGCACAAGUUGUGAAUGACCUCACUCGGAAUAGAUUUUUUGAAAAUCCUGCCCUAUGGGAGCUGCUGUUCCACAGCAUUCAUGAUGCGGUUUUAGGCAGCCAACGUAGAGAGGCACUUGCUGAACAGGAAGCCUCGGCUGCCCCUCCCCAGGAGGACUUGGAGCCCAAUGCCACUCCUGCCACUCCUGAGGCAUAGAUGAGGACCUCACCCUAGGAUGGGGUUAUAAGCCUCUCGUGAAGUUCAUAAUUUACACGUUUUAAAUACUAGACACUAGAUUUUUUUUUUCCUAAGGGUAAAUACUAGUAGUCGAGGCUUGAUUUGGAGGGUGAAUGACACCUAGCAAGAUGUAUCGUACUUGUGUUUUUUUAAUUGAAUAUUUCAAAGAUAAAUUGGCCUGUUGCCUGCAUUUAUUAUGGAGAGGCAUUUCUGCUACAUUUUAGUAUUAUCUUUGUAAGCUAAGCACUGAAAAAUUUAUUUCAGUUAAGUACUUUUAACCUAUGAAUAGGAUAUGCUGUCGCCAGAUAAUUAGUGGUUCUUUGUUUUUGUACUUGUUGGUCUACAGACUGUCUAUAAUUAGUUAUGUAACAGAAGAAAGAAACUGCAAUUUUCUAGAAGUUCUUGUUUUAAAAUAACCUUUUAUUUAUUAUAGAAGCAAUAUAAAUGCAUUGAGGACAUUUUUGAAAAAAUAGACAAGCAAAAAUAAGAAGAUAAAACAUUGUAUUUCCACCAGAGAUUACCACUGUUAACAUCUUAAUGUCCUUCCAGAUCUUUUUCCAUGCAUAUACAUUUACAUUUUUCACCAAAGACAGACCACAUCUAUAGUGUUUUAUAACCGAUUUUUCUUUAAUCAACAAUCUCCACUUUCUCAUUCCAGCACAUUUUUUUGCCUUAGACAAUAUUUAAAUUUCCCCAAUUGUCCCCAAAUUUGCAGUUGGUUUGUGCAAACUGAUAUUCAUUCUAUGACCUUACAUUGCAACUGGUCAUGUCCUUUAAAGUCCCUUACGUCUAUUUUAAUCUAGCACGGUUCCUUUUUUAUGACAUUGACUUGUUAAAGAGACUGGGGCAGCUGUCCUAUAGAAUCCUGUCUUGUGAAUUUGCCUAGUUGCUUUUUCAUGGUGUUGUUUAACUUAUUUUUAUAUUGCCUUUACUACCUGCAAUCUGAAAGUUAUAUCUAAAGCCUUUAUAGAUUCAAAUUAGAGCAUUUUGUGCUAGAUUAUAUCAUAGAUAAGAUACAUGCUUCAUAUCGCAUCACUUCAGAAAACAUGUAAUAGCUAAUUGAUGUACCAUUAACUAAUCUAGUGAUCUAAGCUAGAUGAGUGGAUCAGCAUGAGUCUGAUCCUCCAGUUAGAUUUUCCCCUUUGUGACUACAGACUUAUCUGUGUGGUAUUCCUUUGGCAUUGAAUGAAUGUCCAGUCCCCCACUAGCCAUUUACCAGGAGUUUUAACAUUGGGUGGUAAUUCUUUGCUAAAUCAUUAACUUUAUUAAGGUUUGUGAGUAGGUUGUCUAGUUCUUUCAUUUCUUCUGCAUUUAUUAGUUGAUUGUUCUAUGUGAACUAUAACUUUCCCUUCUCCACUUGAGCUGUUGGUCAUCCUUACCCACCUAUAGUUCUACUAGCAGGGCAGGUUGAAUGCUUUAUUAUUUUCAUUUAAUUAUGAACUUCAAAGUAAAUAACUGGUUUAUUAGAUGGUGACAAAUUAGUGGGGUUUUUUUAGAGUUCCCUUUUCUGGUGUGAUGGUGGUCUUGUGAAUUUUGAAAGUUUUAAUGGGUUUCAAUCCAUUAUGUUCUUUUUGAUGCUCAAAGUGUCAUGACCGUGGCCAGUAUAAGUCCUUAAAAGCUUUGUUAUUGUUGCUACGCAUGAAGUAGCAUUAAAGACCAUGUUUUUAAGAAAACUAACCCCCAGGUGUAACUUAAAUCUUCCUUAGAAGUUCAUAACAACUAUCAGUUCAUUACACAUCAAACUCAAUGUUCAGCCUAGGAAUAAGCAUAAUGCUCAUCAUACUCAUUCCACAGAAACAAGGAAUGUCAAAGGUUGGAGGAGGAUACCUUUAAACCAAUUUGUCACUUUCAGUUGUUUGUAACUAUCAGCUCACUAUAAAUCAAAGCAUAGGUAUUAGCCAACCUGUCUAAAGCCUCCUCUGCUAAGAGUUCCUGCUGAUAGUGAGUUUGUUCUUUCUUUAAUAUGUUGUCUUAUUGACAUCUUGUUAUAGUUUUCAUGAAUAAGAUACUGCCAGGAGAAAGUAGUCAGAUCCCAGUGGAAUUGUUAGCAUGGCCUACUUGCAACCAAACCCUGUGUAUGUGUUCAAGUUAACUCCUAUCAGGUUUCUCACUGUCUUUACUAAUUUAAUUCAAAAUAAACUCCUCCUUUUAAUCAAAACUUUAGCUAAUUCUAGAGUGGAAUUUAGAUUUGCUUAGUUAUUUCCUUUGCAAUCAUCACAUGAGAUCAGAUACAUCUGCAUUCUGAUGCAGACUGCCUUCUGAAAGAGCAUGUAGUUGUAGAACUUCAGCUUACACUAGAAACUUUUGUAAAAGAGCCCAUAUCAUUUCAGCCAUUUAAGUAGAAUUUAAGGAUUUUAAACUAUGUUAAAAUACUUUGGCCGGGCGCAGUGGCUCACACCUGUAAUCCCAAUACUUUGGGAGGUCGA